UGCUGGUGAGACACCGGACCUGAAGCUCCUAGUGCAUGAGGACAGUUGAAGAUGGCGACUGGAGUCCUUCACAGAGUCUGCGGGGGCCUGGGUCGGGCUAAAAGCUCGGCACCUUCGGCCGGACAGCUCAUCGUGUGGAGCAGGGGAUUUGGAACGACAAGCAGCAGAGACAGACAGGACAGCUGGUUUAAAUCACUGUUUGUGAGGAAAGUGGAUCCCAGGAAAGAUGCACACGCUAACCUACUGACCAAAAAUGAGGAAAGCAACCUGUACAAAAUUCAGUUCCAUAAUGUCAAGCCAGAGUGCCUUGAUGCAUACAACAAACUCUGUGAGGAGGUUUUGCCCUCCAUCCACGCUGAUAAGUACUACCCCUGUGAGCUGGUGGGCACCUGGAAUACUUGGUAUGGAGAACAAGACCAGGCUGUUCAUCUGUGGCGUUACAGAGGUGGAUACCCGGCUCUAACGGAUGUGAUGAACAAGCUGAAGCAGAACAAGGAAUUCACAGAGUACAGGAAGGAGCGGGGUAAGAUGCUGAUGUCUCGCAGAAACCAGCUUCUGCUGGAGUUCAGCUUCUGGAACGAGCCCAUUCCCCGAGAGGGCCCUAACAUCUACGAGCUCAGGUCCUACCAGCUCAGGCCAGGAACCAUGAUCGAGUGGGGUAAUUACUGGGCCAGAGCCAUCGGAUACCGCCAGCACAACAGUGAAGCUGUGGGAGGCUUCUUCUCACAGAUCGGAAACCUCUACAUGGUUCAUCACCUCUGGGCUUACAAAGACCUUCAGUCCAGAGAAGACACAAGGAACGGCGCCUGGCAGCAGGAGGGCUGGGACGAGGUGGUGUAUUACACAGUUCCUCUUAUUCAACACAUGGAUUCCAGGAUUAUGAUUCCGACUAAGGCUUCCCCGUUGAAGUAAAGUGAGAUGGAAGCUGAAAUCUGGUGGCAUCCCCCCUUGAAUGUUCCAUCCAUCCAGAGCAUCACUGUCGUGGUUUCAACCUCUCGCCAGUGCUGCCGAACAUGGCCCCUUCUCUUGUCCCUCCUUUAUUACUUAAAAAUGUUACCAGGACAGGAGGCAACAAUGCCCACCAUUUGUCAGCCGUUGAAAUAUUCAAAACCUAUGACAGAUGCACAACAUCUUUUUUUAGUUCUCGUGCAGGAUGAGUAAAUUUGGCUGAUUUAAACCUCCUGAUGGUCAUGAUGUCCAAAGUCUGGUGCCACAUUAAAUCUGGGCCGUGCAGAGAGCUCAUCUCUAAGUUUAGAAACAACCAAAGUUACUUGAAAAAGACAUGCAGCCGUUUGUUGACGACAGAUAGAAAGAAUAUUGUUGCUGAAGCUCACUGCACAAUGCAGGAGCUAUUUAUUUAUUUAAUGUCAAUUUAGCGUGCUGUUGGCACUUUGAUGCAAGCCAUUACUUUUCAGAGUGAAGUGAAAUCAUCUUCACAAAAACAUCUUUCAAGAAAACUGUAUUUCUGUUGCAUAUCAUGAUAAAACUAAAGUAUGACAGUGUAACAUGUACGUUAAUUGAGGUCCAUUAUAAAUCAAAAACAUUUUUGGCAAACUACUCCUUUCUGUUGCUGCUUAGGAUGUCCCUAGGUUCUCUGUUAUGGUAAUGUUGCGGUUCCAUGGUGCUGUGUUUGUAGCUAUUGCUUAUUUCAUGUGAAGACUGCAUGUCUGGUUUCAGAAAUGGUUUUUAUCCAACAUGUUUAAACGGGGCAUAGCUAUCAUGUAUGAUAAACUCUGGAAACAAAUGUUAUCUAUCAGUGGCUGAGGCAAUCUAGCUGCUGGUUAUUGUAAUAUCAGAUUUUAUUGUUAAAGGAAGCAUGUUUAUCUUGUCUUUUGUUACUCAGUUCACAGGAAACAGUGUAGAGGGCAACACGAGACAGCCAAAACAGAAUAAAGCAGUUUCAACAAUG